GUGUGUGUGUGUCCGUCCGUCCUGUCAUGUCCUGUCAGUGCGCCGUGUGUCAAAGAAGCUGCGUUGACUUUGUUGUAUGUUGUGUUUUGUUUUAAGAAACCCAAUGCUGAAGUGUAUCCAUUGGAUCAGAAGUGGCAUUUUACACACAAGUUCUGGAUUGGGAAGAUCUACAGUAGUUUCAUUCUCCACUGCGAGAGAAGUUGCACAAUCAAUUUUUAAAAGGCAUUCUGGAUAUAUUUACUCACUGUCUUCUUUGACUGGUAACAACAUGGCUUCAGAUCGGCAGUCUUCAUCCAAAUCGUCCUUUCCUCCACAGCUAUACCACAAUUUUUUGGUUUUGGACUUUGAAGCUACAUGCGAUAAAGAAUUGAUUAAACCUCAGCUCACGGGGAUUGUGCAGUCAAUGGUGGAUGGGCAGCCGACACUGCAGCGAGCCCUCCAGAUGGUUGAUGAGUGGAUGAAAAACGAAGGUCUGCUGGAUCCUAAUGUCAAUUCCAUCUUUGUAACCUGUGGAGAUUGGGAUUUAAGGAAGAUGCUGCCAGGACAAUGCCAGUACUUAAAGCUGCCGGUUCCUGAUUACUUCAAGAAGUGGAUUAAUCUCAAAAAGGCAUACGGCACUGCAAUGGAAACAUAUCCAAAGUCUGGACUGCCAUGCAUGGUUGAAGGACUGGCUUUGUCACAUAUUGGAAGACUACACAGUGGUAUUGAUGAUUGCAAGAAUAUCGCCAACAUAAUGAAGGAAUUGGCGCGCAAAGGUUUCAUUUUCAAAGAAACUGGAUCAAAUCUCUGAUGUUGAGCAGAACAGAACAUGUCUCACCGCUUUGCAAUGCUUAAAAAAAUAUUGACUGAAAAUAGUUAAAAUUGCUUAUAACACAUAAAUACGUAGUCUUCCUGUUUUUCUCCAUUCCAAGUAAUCCACCUUAAUCUUUACCAGAACUACACUAGAAUAAUCCAUAUUUAUUUGGCAGUUUUGUCACUCAUUGAGCAGUCACUGUAAGAGGUAAAUUCUUUCUACCGAAAGCUGAGGUCUAUUUCAAACUUGAAGAUGAAGAAUCAAAAGGAAAAUGUCCACAUUCUUGCCAGUGUCUGUCAGUUGUCUUUUAUCAUGUUUCGUCUUUUAAAACUGAGUUAUAACUUGCACCCAGCAGACAUUUUGUGCAUACAUAUGCUAAUAUGUUUAGGGAUAUUUCCAUAUACAUCUUCUAAAGAUUGUGAGAAUUUAAUACAUUCCGAUUACAUUUGAAGCUGUUUUCCUUCCACAUUUCCCCUUUUCUAAUUAAGCUUUUUAAAAAAUAUUCUCAAAAUGUUUUCUUGUUUUGAAACCUUCGUGAGAUGAACGUGCCGGAGGUAAAGCCACAAAAUAAUUUUGUUUGAUGUGGACAUUCUAAUAGGUGUAAUUUAAUAAGAAAUGCUGGUUUUACGUUUUUUUGUGUGUGUUUGUUUCUUAUUCGGAGAGAUGAGGUAAGAUUCUGAUAAUGUUUGGUAGAGUUGCAGUAGUUUGGGUGAUAGACAACAAUGACUAGUAGCUAUCUAUAUAGGGAGAGAAAUCUUUAGUUUGUGGCUAACCCCAUAAUUAAGUUUAAUUAUGUCUUAUUUUGAAUCUAUAUCUAUCAUGUAAUUAAAAAAAAUAAAAUUACUGAAA